AUGGGGGGCAAGAAUCCUGGCAACAAUGGCACUGGGAGCAGUACAGGCUUCCUGUCUUUAGGACACAAGGUGUUUGUGCUCCAUGAACACACCUCAACAAAUUGUGUUGGCUUCAUUGCAGGAUCUGGACAUGAUGGACCUUGGGAGUCCCUUCCAACUCAGGAUAUUCUGAUUGCUGAACUGCUACUUACAGCUUUUCGCAACCUUCCUGCUUGUUCUUCUUCACUGCCCCUGUUUGAAAGUGUCUUGAAGAUGAAAUUAUGUCCUGAAGGAAUUCUGGUUGUAUCACUCUGGUUUGCUGCAUUGGACCAACUGUGAGCUCUCUGGAAGCCAGAAUGUCUCCUCAUGCUCCCUCACCAAAAGUCAGAGCCUCUGUCAGAGGAAGCCAUGAGCACAACACAUGAGCCAUGCAUACUUGCUUUGCCCACAGUAAAGCAAUGUCUGUAGCAAGCCAGCAGAGAAACAACCCAAGGUACGGAUUUGAUUACACAGCUGAUGAAUUUCAGAAUCACCUGAGCACCCAGCAUCUUUCUUCUCUGCGCCUGCUGUCAUUAAGGCCACUCUCUAUUAAGGUCACUCUCUAUUAAGGUUUCAAGAUAUAUGAUCUAAAUAUCCAUACUAGAUGUGUCCGUUAAAAAGUGAAAAAGUGACUUAAAUGUAAAUGAAUUAUUAACAGAGAUGUCAAUAUUGGACUGUCUUGGUGUUGGGCUUCUUGGCUGUGUGAGUGCUUCUGGAGGAAGAAAAAACUGUGUACGAAGAGGUAAAGACUUCAGAAGAAAAAGUUACAGGAAGUACAUCUAUCUCUAUUAGAGAAACUAAAGCCUCUCUGGGAAUGGUGGCAUGUGAGGGGGGUUAAAGGGAUGAAAGGAAGGAUGGUGAUUCCCCAUGAGGUAACUUGAUGUCUGCCAUGCCACGAAGGGACAUGGCACUUAGCUACUCCUCAGUUGGACUACCAACUCUUUAAAGUAUGCCUGUGAUCCUCCUGCUUUCAUGCCUCUUAUGCUUGGUAAACUUAACGCACAGGAAAGGCUGAUGUGAUGAAGUAUGAGGUGAGAACCAAAUAGCCAAAUUUUGUAGUUGGAGCAGGAGCCAUGCUGACCUUUUUAUAAACCAUAAUGUAAUCCCAAACAACUGCAAAACUGCCAAAUAACAAAAAUCAAGCUGCUCCAUCCACUCGGACCAAAAUCCUGGCUCAGCAGGAGGCCUGUACACAGUGCCUGGAGACAACAACAAAGGACAAAGCUCUCCCCUGCAACACAGCCAGGACAGGCUUUGAACUCAGCCUCUGAAACUGCAAAGCGCUCAUUUUGUUGUCCAUGGAUAAUCCACCAGGCAAAAGCUGGACACUGCUGUCUUUUAUUCUGCCUAUGCAAUUGCAACGCUCAAAAAGAAAGCUCUUCUGAACUGCUGACGCCUGGACGGGCAGCCCCAAGGCGGGGCCAUUGGGAUUUAUUUAGUUCACUGCUGCAGAUGAUGCCUUUAGUGCCACAAACCGCCCUGGAGACAAGUCCUAAUCAUCUGGGGGGUGAUUAUGGUCAAUUCUUCCUCCCCAAACCCCCCAGACACAAAUCAGAUCCAAACUGGAGAGACAGGCAGGCACGGAAGAGGGGACACCGGCACCGCACAGCCCCCCCGAAGCCAUGUACAGGAGCAGCUUCCUCCGCGAGGUUCGCAAGGAGAAGUACGAGCGUUCGGACGCCUACGAUGAGCUGCGGGGCUCCCCCGAAUUUGACAGCUUGGCCCAAGCCCAAGGCCUGGAGAACCUGCAGGAACUCAACGAGCGCUUCGCCAGCUACAUCAACAGGGCGCGCGUGCUGGAGCAGCGCAACACCAUCCUGCGCAAGCAGCUGGAGACCUUCCAGCGCAUGGAUGAGCUGGUGGGCUUGGACGAAGCCUUCGCCGGGCAGAUCGAGUUCAACCGCCAACGAAUGCGGGAGCUGGCGUCCGACCGGGCCAAGCUGGAGCGGGAGGAGAAGGAUGCGCAGCGCAUGCUUGAUGAGUACCGCAACAAGUACCGAAAUGAACGUGAAUAUCAGCAGAAGCUAAAAGAGACCCUUGAACGCCUGAAUAAGGAAGCGGAUGAAGCCUUGCUGUGCAACCUGGAGCUGCAGAUCGAGUCCCAGUUCCUGCAGGAUGACAUUAAUGCCACAAAAGACAGAUAUAAGAAGAACCUCAUGGAAAUCCAGACCUACGUCAACAUUUUACAGCAGAUCAUCCAGACGACCCCUCGCGUGUCCCCUAUAACUACUGGCAUCCCUGAGGAAAAGCUUGUAGCAGAAAGGAGGAUCCCUGUUCUUCAGAGCCAGCUGGAGGAAUACAAGAGCAUCCUCUGCCAGCUACAGGCUCAAAAAUACAAGCUUCAGACAGAGACAACUAUGCUGGAGCAGGCGAUAAAAAAUACCCAGGAGAGUUAUGACGAUGAAAUUCAGCUUUACAACGAGCAGAUUGAGAACCUCAGGAAGGGGAUAGAAGAAGCAGAGAGGACCUUGGAGAAGUACACGACUGACUGCCGCCAGCUGGUGAUCUACCAGCAGUCCCUGGAGAAUGAGCUGGAGCGCUACAAGCGAAUCAUUGAGAACGAGGACAGCCGGUUAAACUCUGCUAUAGCAGGAACGCCAGUCACACUCUUCACGCAGAUCUAUAGACCUGUCCAGCCUCAAGCUUCGAGGGGAAGAGAUAUCACACAGGCUAUGCAAGAGAUUGCCAGUGUAAAGCCCAGACAAAAAGCGCUGACAAAGAAACUUUCCAGGAAAAAGGAGAUCCUGUCUAAAGACAUAACCGAUGGGCUCUCGCCUGAAAAAAUGUAUGAAAGAACUGUGGAAGUUUUUGACCAAGAUCAGCUGGAAUUUAGACAUGAAGGUUCAGUCACAUGUGAACCUGGGCAGGAGGAAUUAGAACUUGUUGAAAAAGAAGCAGUCCCAGAAGAUGUACCCGAUGGAGCCCAGAUAAGUAAAGCCUUUGAUAAAUUGUGUAACAUUGUGAGGGAGAAAAUCAGAGUUCACAAGAGACCAGAGGCUAAAGCUGAUUCCCACCCCAAAGGGCGUUAUGUGCUGGUAACAGGGGAGGAAAGCUAUGAAGAACCUUGCUUCUCGUCCAUCCCAGCUGGGGGAGGAAUCACAGUUUCUACCAGCAAUGGGAAGGUAACGAUUGGUGGUGAUGUGGAGCCCAUACCGGAGCUGCCUGAACCUACUGAACCAUCAGAAAAAGAGAAAAGGGACAUCUGUGAAAGGAGGGACGAGAUUGAAACCCAAGAUAAACUGAAAGAGGAGGAGAAAGAAGACCUGUUUGAAUGGGGCAAAAUAAGGGGGAAAAUUGAGCAAGUCACAAAGUAUCCAGACAUCUCGGAGCCUGAGGCAGUUCCUUCCCCGGGUCUGAUAAGCCCAGCUGAGCCAGGAGUACUUCAAGAGAUAGAGCAUGACCGAGAAGAUAAACAGGGCCUCCUGUUCCGGGAAGCAGGCUUGCCUGGCUCCGUGAGCUACGAGAAGGUGGAGGUGGUGGAGUCCAUCGAGAAGUUUUCAGAUGACAGAAUUCAGACAUAUGAAGAGACAGCUAUGAUUGUGGAGACCAUGAUAGAGAAGACAAGCAAGAAGAAACCGGGUGACAAAGGCUCUUAAAUGACAAGCAGUCAACUUGUCUGGCAUAGUUAUUAAAUGAUGUAAUUUUUUUUCCUGAUCGAAUGAUACAAUAGUGAGAUUUUUGCUGUUUGGUAUGGAACAGAUUGAUACUUUGAUGGCAAAAUUCUGUCUGAUGUAGGCUCGCCUGUGUUGUAACGAAUGUGAGACUGCUCCAGGACAAGGAGUAAUGGGCAGAUUCUAUGCAAUUUAUUUUCACAAUAAGGACAAGUUGAAAUCAAUCAUCAUUACAGAGCUGCCUGGCUUUCCAAAGUAUCCAGGGCAGAUUUGCCAGUGCGUAUUCCUCUACUUCUCCUAUAGCUGCCACAGGAUUCCCCAUCUCUCAGACAGCUGCAAAUGUUAACUUGUGACACCCAUUUCAUUUAAUAAAAGCUUUGCCUUCUACAGAAAGUACCCACUGUGGGUGUGUGUUGCCUUUACUGUUGAAUAACAGACUGCAUUGCUAAAAGUUAAUCGAUAGAUGUGCAGGAGUCUUUCCAAAGGAGGAGCUGGAAAUCGAGUUCUCUAACCCACUCCAAAUCUCUCUCACUUUGCUGUCUUUAACUAGAGGUAAUUUUGGCAGAACACUCUUUUUGGAUAUGAAGACAAACCUGCUGUGCUUGAAAUGAGCUCCUACUGCACAUCUACUCAGAAUAAAAAUUGAAGUUCCACCAAAAUAAAGCAGGGGAAAACCCUUCUAAAAUACUCUAAAGGUGUUAUUUUUUCCUUCAUCAGUAUAACUGAGGCAUUUAUGAGUGCAAACAAGCUUUUGAGCAGACUGCAGGCAAUUCAAAAGACUCUUUGUUUUGUUUGUUUCAUUUUUUUCUUGUUGCUUAUUUCCUUGGAUUGUAGCAUUGUACAGAGUUUGAUGCUGCCACAAUAUCCUGUUGCAUCCCGGUCACUUGGAGUGCCACAGAGCUCCAUGGGAACAAGGGCUGUUUGUCCAUGUGCCUGGAGAAGCACGAAGCAGCACUCCUGCAUCAGCUUCUUACAGCUUCCAGAAAUCCUUGACUCAGGAAAAAGAAAAGAAAAAGAAAAAAGGAGAAAAGAAAAGCAAAAGAAACCUUUGUGCAUGUGCUAAUGUAGAGCACUAUCUGAAAUAAGGCCUGAAUUCUGUUAUGCUCUUUGAGCUGUCAGCCACAACCAUGGCAGCAGACGAUGGGCAGAUCCUCAUAUUUCUCUAAACAUAUAGAGAAAAAAACACUAGGAAGUUAUUGUUCAUAAUGACAAUGAUGCAAUGUGUAGUAAAUCUCACCAUUUAUGGAUUAUCCACUGCUUUAAAUGCAGACUCUUAAACACUAACGCUGAGGCGUAGCAGUGAAAUAUGUGUGAGCAUUUAUUCAGGAAAGCCUGGGAUAAGACACAGGUUACUGCAGACACAUCGUCACCUCAGUGAUAAGAAGAACUAGAUGAGGAGAUUUCCAGCUGUCUUCUACUGCUGCAGGAAUGGUAAGAAAUUACAGCUGUGGUUAUUUUAAAACCACACAUAUGCUGCACUGUGGGGCUAUGUGUGCUUAAAACCUACCCAGAAAAUAUGGGUAGGAGGUAGAGGGAAAUAGGAUUUUUUGUGGAUCGAAGUGCUCCAAAGAGCAGAGAAAAAUACUGCUGUGGUAGAUCCUAUUAUUUCCUCGUAUGAAACAGUGCAAAAAUGUCAGUGUCUUCCUUCUUGAGCAUCCCCUUCCCCACUGAUAGCAGCAGUUCAGCAAUCACACAUCUGCAGAGCUUCCCUUGGAGCCACUGGGUUUGAGCCAUGUAAGCAAUGCCCAAUGCUCUUUCCAGCCUGCAUCCUUGAUCUUCUCUAUCCCAUCCUGCCACAAAGUUAACACCAAGCCUGCUGCUCUUCUCUUGUUCCUGUCCACUCUUGUAGAAUCAUGUUUGUUUUUUCAGUAACCAAGAUGGGAUGUAAGUUUCCUCAUCAGUAUGAGAUGCAGGAGGUUAGGAAGUCACCUCACUGACAGCACAGUGCCUCCCAUGUGCCGUCAGAUAAGCACUGAUGAUAGGACCUGCCAAUUUACAACAGCUCUUUAUUUCACUUGGAUUAUAAAACCUCAUCAUGGGGCUGUGGUUAAACAGUAUUCACCUGUUUCAAGAGUGUCAAUUUCCCCCUUAUUAUAAACGCUAACAAAUUAACUUUAUUUCCCAUCAGCAAGAUCAUAAAAACUUAGUCUAACUCGACAUAUUUUUCAGUGAUUCCCCUGAUGCAAAAAUUCUGAAGAAUCUGAAGUAGAUCUCUAUAUUGUACAUACAGGUAGCUGUAGAUGUACCCAUAGCAAAACCCACCAUUUCUGUUUAUCACUCAUUAUUGUGAUCUUUCACUUAAUAUAGUAUGUCAACAUUAGGAAAAUACAAUCAAUCAUAGCAUUUUGCUGUUAAAUAAGUUAUUUAAUGAUUGAACGGAACUGCAAAAUUACACAAAUGCAAUGGAAAGGGAUGCACACAUUCAUUUAAGAUUUCCAUGUGGACUUUUCUUAUUCCACAUUCCAGAAGUCCAUGAAUGUCUUCCAGUUUUAUCUGUUUCUUUGAACAGGUAAUAAGGUGUGUGUAUGUGUUAUACAUUACAUACCAUGUGUAUUCUUUAGGUAUUUAUAAGAAAAUAUAU